CUAUCUUCCCAUUGGACAGUUCUCCGCCAAGGACCGGCGCUUAUGUUCGGACAAGACCGGGUCCUUAUCUUGAUGUUCGGCUUCUCUGCCGAAGAUCCAAUACUCCCCCACAUCCGAAUCUAUGAAGGGGGUUUUCGUUCGGUACUGACACCACGAUAAGCAUUCUUGUGCAUCUCUACGAACAUGGCCCUAAGAAUUGGAGUCGAUGUUGGAGGUACCAAUACCGAUGCUGUCGUCCUUGACCUUGCGCCGAAUGCCGCUCGCCCGGUUUUGGCGUCUUUCAAGGCCCAGACGACGCCAGAUGUCACGCUUGGAAUUCGAAAUGCUGUGAUAGGCUGCCUGAAGAAGGCCGAUGUCGACUUAGCACGCAUACAAGCGGUCUCGAUUGGCACAACCUCCUUUGUUAAUGCUCUGAUCGAGCGUAAUCAGUCACGAUUGCAAAAGGUUGGCGCGAUCAGGCUAUGUGGAGCUUAUAGCCGUCUUACCCCUCCUUUUUCGGGCUUUCCCGUUGAGCUAAGGGCUAUAUUGGAAGGCCCUGUCUUCUUCGCUCAAGGAGGUCUGCAGGUAGAUGGCUCCGAGAUCUCUACCGUUGAUGCGGGAGAGAUCAAAGACAUCUGCCGCGUGCUCCGAGAGCGAGGGGUCGAAACGGUGGCUGUAUCCGGCAUCUAUUCUCCAAUCGAUCACGAAUUCAGACAAGAAGAGCUCGUUCGGGCAAUCAUUCAGCAGGAGCUGCCGUCGAUUUCUGUAUCGAUCUCGAAAGAGAUUGCAAACCUGGGGCUACUGGAGCGUGAAAAUGCCACCAUUCUGAACGCAUCUCUCUUGCAAUACGCUCAAAAAGUCGUCGAUGCAUUCCUGAAGUCUGCUGAGGCACUUGGACUGGCCUGUCCCGUCUUUCUCACGUCCAAUGACGGCACUCUCAUGAGUCUCAGAGAUGCCAUUCAGUACCCUAUCAAGACUUUCUCCAGUGGUCCGACUAACUCGAUGCGAGGGGCACACUUCCUUGCCAGCUGGGCGAGCGGACAACCCCGCAAAGAGACAGCACUGGUUGUGGACAUUGGAGGAACAACCACAGAAGUCGGCGUGUUACUCCCGACUGGAUUCCCGCGUCAAGCUGGAGCCAAACACGACCUCGUUGGCGUUUCCCUUAACUUUUCGAUGCCCCAUGUUCAUUCGAUCGGGCUUGGAGGAGGCUCUCGAAUUCGUCGAGAUACGACUGGCAAGGUGACAGUUGGGCCAGACUCCGUGGGUUACGAGAUCACUGAGUCCAGAGCAUUUGGCGGCAGUACAUUGACCGCGACCGAUAUCGUGGUGGCGGCCGGCGUUGCGCCAGAUGUCGGCAACCCAGAAUUGGUCAAAGACCUGGACUCGGAGCUAAGUCAAGCAGCUCAGCAUCGGAUGAAAGCGAUGCUGGAACUUGUCUUGGACGAGAUGAAGACUAGCAGUCAGGAAGUCCCCGUUUACCUUGUCGGUGGAGGCGCAAUUCUAUCUCCAGAGAGUCUUCGAGGGAUCAGUCAAGUCCAUCGGUUUCCUCACGCGGAUGCUGCGAAUGCUGUCGGAGCGGCCGUGGCCCAGGUCUCUGGAGUCAUCGAUACCUUCAGAGACACGAGCUCAACGCCUGUCAGCGAGGUUCGCCGUCAAGUAGAAGCAGAGGCGAUCGCCAAGGCCGUUGCAGCCGGAUCGGAUCCAAAGACGACCGUGAUCGUUGAGAGCGAGGCCAUCCCAAUUGCAUACACUGCUGGUCGUUGUAGAUUCUACGUGAAAGCCGCCGGCGAUUGGGUCGGGAUUGUCGUGACAUCCAAGGCAAUGAUUGGGCGCCACGAUGCUCCGACCGUUCCAACGCCAAGUCAGUCGAAGCGAUCGGCGGUAGUGGUCAAUGAUAGCCUGACCUUGCCGGCGAAGGACAUACACUGGACCGCUCAGUCUAUAUUGUCUUAUCGGCCCCGUAUCGUCUCUAGAGAGUGGAUUCUGUCCGAAGUGGAUCUUCAGUGGAUUGCAACCGGUUGCUACAUUCUGGGCUGUGGGGGAGGAGGAAGUCCAGACCACGAGAGCCUGGCCCUUCAGAAAAUGAUUCGCGAGGGCUGUGUCGUGCGCGUGGUAGAUGUAGAUUCGAUGAAGGACGGCUACUGCCUGUGGGGUGGAGGGAUAGGCUCCCCGGAGGUUUCAAGCGAGCGUUUGAUGGGAGAGGAGUACAACGAGAGUGUCGUUGAGUUACUUGCAUAUCUCAAGAUGGACGAUUGCGUGGCCCUGGCAGCGCUCGAGAUUGGUGGAGGGAAUGGGAUGAUCAACAUGAUCACGGCCGCCAGCAACAAGCUGAAUCUCCCUGUUCUGGAUGGUGAUUUCAUGGGUCGUGCCUACCCUACUGGAUGGCAGACGACUCCCAUUGUGUAUGACACUGGCGACCGUGGCGAGAUGAUGCUCCCCUGCGGUAUAGCCUCCGGCGAUGGAUCUUCCAUUAUCAUGACAAAAGCACGUCACUACAAAGACGUUGACUCGAUCCUGCGUGCCGGCUGCGUGGAGAUGGGCACCCAUGCCGGGGGUGCCAUGCGCCCUCUGGAUAAAGAUCAAUGUCAGCAGAUGAUGAUCAAGAACACAGUGUCUCAGGCUUGGCGAAUUGGCAGAGCAGUGGCAUUGGCGAAUAAGAGUUCGCAGUUAGGCCGGAUUGGUGAAAUCCUUGUCGACGCACUGGGCGGCCCGGGGUCCGCAAAAGUUUUAUUCUCCGGGAAGAUCACCGAAGUCGUUCGUCAGAUUCGCAAGGGACAUAGCUAUGGUGAAGUUGUGAUAGAUGCGGUGACACUGGACGACGCGAACGAACAGCAACCCAGAUAUACUGGUCAAGUCAAAAUUCCAUUCAAAAACGAAAAUCUCUACUGCGAGCAUCGAGCCGACGGCAGGACAGAAAUCCUAGCGACCGUACCCGAUCUCAUCGCGGUGAUAGACAGUCAAUCAGGCUGUGCACUUGGAACCCCUGACUACAAAUAUGGACUCAGGGUGAUCGUAGUAGCAGUUGUCGCCGCGCCGCAAUGGACGGACACACAGCGGGGAAUGGAAAUUGGUGGAAUCACCUCGUUCGGUUUUGAUCUGCCUUAUAAUCCGGUCGGACGAUACGUCAAACCCAAGAGUGUCAUCGAGGAAUAUGGUGACCCCUGAUGCAUACUACUGAUAU